AAAGAUCUCCUCGAAAUACAGACAGAAUGGCUCCCAAGUCCGCUUUUGCGGGUGGCUACAAUGAAGCAACAGCUAAAAAGCUCGAGAAGAUCCAUCUUCCUGACAAGAUCAAAUGCAAAGGUUGUGGCAAGUUUCGAAUGAAAUCGGCGUACUCCAAAAAGCAGCUCAAUGAUCUACGUCACAAAAUUUAUGUUGUUGGGGAGCUAUCAGCUACGGUUGCAGGGCAAAUCAAAUGCAGAACUUGCACUGGUCAGCAAGUAAAUGAGCUCACUUGCACCAUUUGCGAUGAAGUUAAGGGUCUUGAAGGCUUUAGUAAAGUCCAGCGCCGCGACCCAGACAAAGCUCGAUGCCUUACGUGCGUCAAUGUCCAAGGGGAGAUGGAGGCUGGCUUGGAGCUUGGAGACGAGGACGACUUCUCGGACUCUUCUAGCAAUCCAUUUGAUUCAGAUGAGGACGACUAUUUUGAUUCAGAGAUUGCCGCUCCUAUUCCAGGCAUGAGGAAUUUGUCGCUCUCCAAGUCUUCCACCCAUGCUUCUGUCUCCGGCAUCUCUGACAGAAGUGGAUAUGUGUCCCGUUCGGAGAAUAUGCCGCCAUCUAGAUCAAAUUUGAGCCCGUCCAUUGCCGGGGGUGUCUCAGUCAAAAGUUCUGGAAGCAGCCAGCAAGACGAAGAGAACGCGAGUGGAUGGCAAGAAGUUCCCCGCAGCGCACUCACUACGCGCACCCAGCAAGGCAUUCCAUUCACCGGCUACGAUGCGCAGGGGCGUGGUCAUGCGCGUGUACGCCCUCCGUCCACGGUCAGUGAGCGCUCUUCUAGGUCGGGUACUUCAACUACGAGCCGUCAGUCCGCAGUUCGCCAGUCCACAGUUAGCAAUAACCGCGGCUUCGCAAAGGUCAAGGCAAGUGCCAUUUUUCUCUUGACUGGUGCCCACAAAAUUUUUAAUUGCUUACGAUUCAAUAGGCUAAGCCCCGCAAAACCUUGUUGCAGCAGUACGAGAUGGAUGAGGAGGACGAUGAUGAUCCCAGCGUCAGUACCUCCGUAUACGGCCAGACCAAGUCUAAGCCUAUUGCUCUGGACAGUGAUGAUGAAGAUGAAGACGACGAUGUGCGCGAGUGGUAGGCAUUCAUCGCUAGAAGAUCCGUGGCAAAGACAACAUUGGGCAACUUAUUCGGCGCUGAUGAUUAUGACCUGAGACGGCUUAUGAUUCUGAAAAUACCACUUGGACUUUUUUACUUUCUUUACGCUUCUAGCAAUGC